AGCUCCACCCUGCCCUGCCGGAACAGGAACAGGAUGCAGUCGCCACUUCUCAGCCUUUUGUUCUGCCGCGCACCCAGCUUGAGCGCGCGCUGUCUCUCUCGUGCGGCAACUCGGCGUCCGCCGACGCCCUGCCCAGCCCUUCGUCGGUCGCUUCCCAGCCCUUCGUCGCGUCCUUGGCCGGCGACGAGCACGCACCACCAGUGUACCACCAUGCCCUUUACUGGGUCCGUCCCUGGUUUCAUAGUUAGGCUGGUUGGGGUUCGGCCAAGCUGCUGUCCUCCUUCCCGUGCAUUUGCGGCUGUCAGAGCUCAAAAGAUUCAGCUUCCCAAGAAAAAAAGGCGAUUGGAUGAAGUGUGCUUAGAAAGGUUUCAACAAUACAGUAGAACAUACAUCCAGUCAUGGAUUCUUCAAGGUAAAGUCAUUGUGGAUGGAAGAGUUGUGAAUAAAGCUGGAACACAAGUAUCUGACAAGUCUGUCAUCGAAAUCAAGGCUGAAAUCCCAAAAUAUGUAUGUAGAGCAGGACAUAAGCUUGAGGCAGCUAUCAAAGGAUUUGAUAUUGAUUGUGAGGGAAAGAUAGCCCUUGAUUCAGGAUUAUCUACAGGUGGCUUUACUGACUGCUUACUUCAGCAUGGAGCAUCACAUGUUUAUGGUGUAGAUGUUGGCUAUGGACAGGUGGCUGAAAAAAUUCGCACACAUGAACGUGUUUCAGUGAUCGAACGCACAAAUUUAAGAUAUCUAUCUCAACUGCCAGAACCGGUUGAUUUGGUGACACUGGACCUAUCAUUUAUCUCCAUUCUCUUGGUCAUGCCUGCUGUUAUCAAAGUAAUGAAGCCGGAUUCUAUAUUGAUAACACUUAUCAAGCCUCAAUUUGAAGCACGUAGAUCACAGGUAGGAGGUGGAGGGAUUGUUCGAGAUCCUCUGGUUCAUAAAGAGGUACUGGAUAGAAUAAUUUCAGGCGUGGAAGAAUUUGGAUUCUGCAAUAAGGGUUGGAUCGAAUCUCCUAUAAAGGGUGCAGAAGGGAAUAAGGAGUUCCUUGCUUGCUUUCACAGGAUCCCAAUAUCAGAAUCACAGCCAGAUGUAGAGGCAAAGGAACCUGUAACAUAGGAUGUUAUCAGAAAUUACUCAAAUAAGCAUGGUUAUCAAUCAGAACAGCAAGUGAUGUCGAUACAGUUCUGAUAUUUUUAGUUGUGAGAUAAAAUUUGUCCAGCUUAGUCCAGUUCUGAUACUAGAGAUACAAAAUUUUGAAACACAUCCUGAAGUUUCAGAGGUACGCUUGUUGUUCCCCAGGAGAGCAAGAACAAACACACAAAAUAGUCAGCCUUUUGUUCAUCGUAGAGUACUGUAACCAGAUUGUGACAUAAAUUUACUGCUCCGUUGCCUACUAAACACUGAAUCAUGCAGUUUUUA